CGGGUCUGAUCACGUGAUUGAGGGAGAAAGCCGUAGUGUUGUUCGUUUCGCUUCCGGUUUACUGCGGAUGUGGCACGGGCAAAGAUGGCGGCCACAGCGACGGAGAAAGCAACAAAAGAGCGUCUAUUGUGUGUUUUAGACGAUUUGGAGGUUUUAUCACGGGAGCUCAUUGAAAUGUUGGCUUUGUCCCGAAGUCAGAAACUUCCCCAACCUGGAGAGGACAUUCAGAUCCUGGACCUGCUGGUGCAGCGGGACCGGGAGUUCCAGGAGCUGAUGGAGGUGGCCCAGCAGCAGGGUAAGGUGCACCAGGAGAUGCAGCUCCUGGAGAAGGAGGUGGAGAAGCGGGACAGUGACAUCCAGCAGCUCCAGAAGCAGCUGAAGGAGGCUGAACACAUUCUGGCGACAGCAGUUUACCAGGCCAAAGAGAAGCUCAAGUCCAUUGAGAGGGCCAAGAAAGGAAGCAUCUCCUCGGAGGAAAUCAUCAAGUACGCUCACAGGAUCAGCGCCAGCAACGCUGUGUGCGCCCCCCUCAACUGGCUCCCAGGUGACCCGAGGCGACCGUACCCCACUGACCUGGAGAUGCGCAGUGGGAUGUUGGGUCACAUGACCAACCUGCCCACCAAUGGGGUGAAUGGCCACCUGCCAGGUGAUGCUCUGGCUGCAGGGAGGUUGCCAGACGUGCUGACCCCCCACUACCCUUGGCAGUCAUCAGACCUUCCUGUGGGCAUGCUGCCUCCUCACCAUGGCAACGACAUGCUGCCUCCUCACCAUGGCAACGACAUGCUGCCUCCUCACCAUGGCAACGACUUUGGUCUGGAGCCUCCGGGACACAACAAGGAGAACGAGGACGACGUGGAGGCCAUGUCCACUGACUCUUCUAGUAGUAGUAGUGACUCUGACUGAUGUGUGUGUGUGAGUGAGUGAGUGAGUGAGUGUAGGCCAUGUCCACUGACUCUUCUAGUAGAAGUACUGACUCUGACUGGUGUGUGUGUGUGUGUGUGUGUGUGUGUGUGUGUGUGUGUGUGUGUGUGUGUGUGUGUGUGUGUGUGUGUGUGUGUGUGUGUGUGUGUGUGUGUGUGUGUGUGUGUGUGUGUGUGUGUGUGUGUGUGUGUGUGUGUGUGUGUGUGUGUGCACUUAUCUUGUAAAUAAAAUGUUUGAAGUUGA